AUUAUUAAAACGAUAAUAUAGUCAUUAGUUCUACGUUGUACUGUACAGAGGAACACUAUGUAUCUGUUUGUGAAAUUCAAAAGUUUUCGAAUAUAUAAGGGGUUUAUAAGUGUUUUUCGGGAAUGUUAACAAAUGUCGUUUGAAAUAAUGUAAAAGAAUUGUAGUAGAAAAAAGUGAGAAUAAAGAAAUGGACACAAAAAUUGAAAAAGCAAACAUUAGUAAAUUGACUAUCGACAAGAAACAUGUUCGACAUGAAUCAAAAAUUCCUAAACCAAGACGUUCUUUAGUACUUUGUUACGGAAGCUUGUAUCCUAAUGAAAGAAAAGAAGAAAACUGGAAAGAAAAAUAUCAAGCACUUCAAAGAGAAAACAGAUUCCUCAGGGAGGAAAAUGCGCAGCAAAAAGAAAAGAUACUCUCGUUAGAACAAGAUCAGCGUAGAUUAUUAGUGAUAAAUCAAGACUAUUUUCAACGGUUAGUUCAGCCAGGUAAUUGUGAAAAUGUUCAAAUUGGAAGUCACAAUACACAAGUGGUACAUAAUAACUGCGAUGUAUCGUUGAUAAAAGAUCUCAUUAGUCAACUUGAAAACAGCAUCAAAGAGGUCAAUGAGAAACGGAAGCUGAUGGAAGAGCUUAUGCAAGAUCUUACUUCUCAAUUAAAGAAAAUGAUGGAGUAUUCUAAGAUAAGCACAAGGAGCUAUACAGCAGAUAGUGAAGGACAUAGACAGGUUAAUGACAUGAAGCAGUUAACAGAACAACUAGCAGGUACUGAAACGGCUUGUCCAGAUUGUUCAGUUUCCAGAAUAUCUCAGCAAAUAACAGAUUUGCAAUUAAAAUUAGACACCUUUAAUGAGUUGUGUGCUUCCAAAAGAGUGUCGUCCACGCUAUCAUUAGAUGAAAGAAAGCUAUCGAGAAACAAUAGCAAAUGUGAAUGUCGAAGACAUUCUGAACAUAACUUACAUAUGUAGGUUUUUCUUUCAUGGUUGGUCUAGUGUGUACUUUGAACCCUUAUCCUUUGUUAAAUGAACUAGUUCAAUUUUCAUGUAGUGUAAGUCAACAGUACAGAGCCUGGUCAGAUUGAAAGGAUAUAAAGCCUGGCUCUAUACUGGUAGCAAAGGCUAUUAACUUUCGGUCCCAGCAGGGUAAAGGUUUAAGAAAAAUUGUAACAAACAUUUUUGGACUGUUUGAAUCAGCAUAACGUUUGCUGAAUAAAAGAUAUACAAGUAAUACAAGUACUCAAAUAAUAGUGAUGACACCCAAGCUGUGGUAUUGGAACAUAUUUCACAGUAAGACAAUGUCGAGAUAAAAAUAUCAGAAUAAAUACACCCCUCCAUCCAUCAACGUACAUUUGUAUAUAAUUAUGUCGUUGUGUCUGUUUUCAUAAUAUUUAUAAACCUGUGUUAGAAGUAUGUUGUUAUAUAAGGUAUGCCAUUUUGUUUUAUUUUCACAGGUUGUUCAUCGUUUUAUAUAAUAUCGUUAAUGCACUUACAUUUAGAAUGAAUGUUGCACAUUUUAAUUAUCUCUCAUGAACAGACUCUAUCAAAAGUUCAAAACGAGACUGCAAUUUUCAUAUAAUAUUGUUAUUCCAUUGAUUUCGAGUUACCAACCAUUUUCAAGAUUAGUGUGAUGAGCACAAUCACAAAUAUUUAUACCAAAUUUGUACUUAUAAUGUACACAAUAUUAAGCCUAUGUUAUUUUUGAAAUGUAUCCUAGAAUUUAUUCAUGAUCAAAGUAAUAUUUCAUAUGUAAGUUAUCAAUUAAUUGUUAAUGAGUUCGAAUUAUUUAUGUAUUCAUUUUUCAAAGAUUUUUGGUGCUGUUGUUUUAUUUCUUAUAAUUAUUAUUGUAACUUUGCAAUGUCUGUCUGUAAAAUGUGUUCUAUUGAUCGUGACUAUGCUAGGUUUCAUGUUACUUUACAUUUGCAAUUGAUUUCUUAAUAUGUAUAUUUUAGAUUGGUAAAUGCACAUCAUGUUGGCGAGAUUUUAUUCAUAUAUUCAUAUCUUUCAGAAUUACCUACCUCUUUGGUUUCUGUGAACACGUGACCAUGAUGUUUAAUUGUUACUUGUGUAUGAUUGAGACAAAGAUAAAUAUUAAUUUGAAACAUU